AUGACUGUAGAUUUUGCUAACCACCAUAUCCAGUCCUAUGGAUCCCAGCCUCUAGAGAGAAUUUUCUCGGAAAAUGUGCUGGCCAAGAUCCUCCGCGUGGCCGUCCAGGCAUUAAACAACAAUGACCCUCCAGCCGAGUAUCCGGAAUUCGUCCCUCAAAAAGGCCCCUCGACAGGCCGCUACGUCCUCCGCGAAUCCUCAUUCUGGACCUGCGGCUUCUUCCCGGGACUCUUAUACCUCCUCCUCGAACGAGCCAUCCGAUAUCCCUCGACCUUUCCAUACCUCGGACACAACCAUAACCUCGAUCCAGCCUCUCUUCGAGACGAUCUCAUCGCCCUCUGCACCAAAUGGACCGCCCCCAUCUACCCCAUGUCCCUGCGAACAGACACCCACGACCUAGGCUUCAUCCUGGCCCCCUCCCUCCGCCGCUCCUGGGAAUUCACCUCCAGCACCGACAGUCUGCGCGCUCUACUAACCGGCGCCCAAAGCCUCGCCUCGCGCUUCGUCCCCUCCACCGGCGCAAUCCGCAGCUGGGACGCACUCCGCCAGUCCGACGUCGACAUCACGUCCCUAGAGACUGACUGCCUCGUCAUUAUCGACAGCAUGAUGAACCUAGAUCUUCUCUUCUACGCUGCUGCGCAUCUCGGCCCGGAGCUGGCGGCGAUCGCGACCAAGCAUGCGAAGACACUUAUCAGCUCCCAUCUCCGGAAGGAAUCAAUCGCAGGGAAAGGGAUACAGGCCUACUCCACUAUCCACGUCGUCAAUUUCGACCCCGCGACGGGGGCUAUCAAGGAGCGCCGCACCGCGCAGGGAUACGCGGCGGACUCUACGUGGGCGCGCGGCCAAGCGUGGGCGAUUACCGGGUAUGCGCAGACGUAUGUCUGGACGAGGGACAGGCAGUUCCUCGAUGUUGCCAUCGGGUUGGCAGAGUACUUCCUGGCGAGUCUGGAGGGAGCGCCAGCUUGUGUGGAGAAGAUAGUCGAUGGCAGGAUGGUAGGGAGGUACGUGCCGCUGUGGGACUUUGAUGCUCCUGUUGACGAGGCGAAUCCGUUGCGGGAUUCCUCUGCUGGGGUGAUUGCCGCGAAUGGCAUGCUGUUGCUCUCGCAGGCUUUGGUCGCUGAGGAUGAGGGUCUGGCGCGGCGGUUUAGAAAUGCGGCGAUGAGGAUCGUGAGUGAGACGAUGGAGUUUUCGUAUUCGAGAGAGGAGGCGAGACUUGUGGAUGGAGGAAAGGAGGUGGAGGAUGUGUCUGGGGAGCGGUUUGAUGCGAUCCUGCGCAAUGCGACGGCGAACCAUAAUGCGAAGGAUCUGGAUCGGUACAGUGACCAUGGGCUUGUGUAUGCGGAUUAUUAUCUGCUGGAGUUUGGGAAUCAGUUGUUGAAGCUGGGAUUGAUAUAG